GAUGGCGGUUUCAUGGCCGGCAGCCAGGACAGUCCCAGCGCAAAAAGAUCAUACGGAAAGGAAACGCUACGCCCAGUGACCAUCAAGCAACUCCUCGAAGCCGAACAGCCUGACAGCGAAAACUUUGCCAUCGACGGCUCGGAACUGACAACAAUCUCGUUUGUCGGUCAGAUCCGCAACAUCAGCAAGCAAACCACAAACAUCACCUAUAAGCUGGACGAUGGCACGGGUACCAUCGAGGUCAAGGUCUGGAUCGACAUGGAGACGGCGCAGAACGAUGAAGAGAAUGGCAGCAAGGGCGGCCUGGUAGAGAACGCAUACGCCCGUGUUUGGGGCAAGCUCAAGACUUUCGGCAAGCGUCACGUUGUCGCCCAGCAAAUCCGCCCUCUCACCGACUUGAACGAGGUCAACUACCACAUGCUCGAAGCCACCUACGUACACCUCUUCUUCACACGCGGCCCCGUCAACGCACAACAACAAGGUCAACAGGGACAAGGCGCAAGCAACGGUGGUCAGUCUGGUGGUGGUGGCACUCUCCCUGCAGGUGUCUCGAGCCACGCCAGAAAGGUCUUCCAGUGCAUGCAAAACACCCCUCAAAUCAACGAGGGUCUUCACAUGCAGGACAUUGCCAGUCGCACUGGCAUGGACGUCGCAGAUGUGCUCAAGGGUGCAGACGAGCUGCAGGCCAUGGGCAAGAUCUACCCCACAGUCGAUGACCAGACCUGGUGCUUGCUUGACAUGUAAGGUAGUCUCAAGGCGAGUUUGUGUGAAGACUUCUUUGCUCUGCGAGAAAAGGCGGGAGGAUACCAGCAUUAUGUGUACGUUUAUGGCAGCGAGGUGUGUAAGAAUCAUGAAUCAUCAACGUCAAUCUCAUCCAACUUCUCAACGAGUCCGCUGCUUCGACGCUGCAUUGGUCGACAAGAAAAGUACACACGCAGCCACAAUAGACGUAGCGACAAUGGUAAAGAC